UUAAUUACAGAUGUGAAUAUUUUUUAAUCAGAAUGAAGUUCUUAACCCCACUCAGUUUGUUAGUUAUAACUGUAUUUACUGGGUGCAAAGGUUUGCCCGAGAUUCCAAAAAUAUUAGGAUAUCCAUGUGAAGUACCAGUAGCAGACAGGCUUUUUUUAAUGUGCUGUAAAGCGGAGAAUAUCUAUACUUCUUCUGUCUUCUUCUUCCAAAAUACGACGGAUAAUAUCAUCGCUAAAAUAGAUCACCCUUGUUACGUCACAACCGGACGAGGAUUGAUAAGCUGGAACUGUCAGACAUCCGGGCAUAUUCGGACCUUCAGGAUAAACACUACACGAAAUGCAAGUCAUUCAACUGGAUUGUGGGGAUGUGGAUAUUACGGUGGCAGAUCUUCAUUCAGUCUUACAGAAAACAAAAUUGUGACAAGAAACAGUGGUAACCAUUAUGCCAAACUACACGAUAACACUACAUUGACUUGGAUGGUCCACCAUAGAGACUAUAAGAUCUACAUGCCUGAUGGACAAUUACUGGAAACAUCUGAUUUAAAACAUGCCAUAGAUAUCAACACUUCAUCAAUCAGUGUUACCUUGUACAAUAUAGCCGAAAAGGAUAAUGGUACAUAUAUUUGUGUAUCAGACCAAAACAAACGAAGAGAUGCUAUAACACUGAUUGUCGUAGAACCACCUUUGAGACCAUCUAUACUAGCUCUGAAGACAGAAUUUUCGGGACACACGAUGACCCUCAACUUAACCUGUCAGACAAACAGUUUAUCUGCAGGACCACCAUACUAUGUUCCUCAGUUUAACGUAUCAUGGUUGUAUUCUACCACAGCAAGUUACAAAGUAUUCCCAGAUGGAAAUUUUCUGAUUAUCAAAGACUUUGAUUGCAACUUAAAAAAUUCAAGACCUGUUUUAUGUUCACUGAAAGAAAGUCCUGGAGAAUGGAACCCAUCUGUAUCAACCCAUCCUCAUAAGCAAUGUGUUUUGAGACCAAAUGUAAUUACAAAGUCUGAUUCUAAAACCGAUAAAAGUGCUCAGACUGCAGGAUAUGUGAUAGCUGGAAUAUCUUUAAGUGUUUUUGUUUUCGGUAUUCUUGGCUACACUUACUUCAAGAUAUACCGGCGAAGAAGAGACCAUGGACAGAGCACAUGUUAUGUUGUACGUAGCUGUUGUUGUGACCAAUGUGAUGUUUUACUAGAAUGUUGUGAAGAAGUUACGGAGAGUUGUCAAGAGAGUUGCAAAGAUAAAUGCUGUAAAAUGUGCAAGAAAGCAGACAGCGACGACGAACCCCUUGAUUUAGAAAUCCCUGGCAGACUGCGAAGAACAAGACGUACAACUGAAGACGAUCUACAGAAUAUCCUUAACCUCUACAGUGUCCAAGACACACCCACUGUGACCCCACAACAACAGAGAAGGGUGACCUUUUCUACAGAUAACCAGGGCGCUGUUACAAAUGAUAUUGAUAUUUUAUCUGGUGCCACAGGAACAAAUGAAGUCGUCCUUAAUGAAUCCAUACCAACGAAUUCUGCAAGUGGAGUAAAUCAACCAGCCUUAGUUAUCGAACUGGAAACAUGUCUUAAGCAAUUGAGUAGAUUAGUAAGUACUACUGAAAACCAAGUACAAGUUCGAAGAUCACAUAUUAUUGAGGACAUGCUGAAUAUCUACACAGAUGCUAAUGUAGUGAGUUCCCGUUUACACGUCAAAUUGAUAGGAGAAGGCGGAUCAGACUGGGGAGGAGUCAGUCGUGACGUAUUUACAACGUUUUGGAAUGCCACAUCGUCUGCUUUUUUUCAGGGAGAUUCUGUUCAUGUUCCAUACCUUCCCCUUGUCAACAUGGAGAAUGAAAACAAAUUUCUUCUGCUGGGUAGAAUUUUAACGCACAGUACAGCAAUACUUGGCUUCCUACCCAUUCAAAUAAGUACUAGUGUGCUAAUGGUAAUGGUUUAUAACACCACUGAAAUAGAGGAACACGCUUUAGUUGAAGAUUUCCUGUUGUACCUUGACACGAAAGAUCGAAAGUUGGUUAAAGAAGCCAUUGAUGAUUUUUCCAAACUUUCUGAAAACCAAGUAAGAGAUCUACAAGAAUUGUUCUUUCGAUAUGAAAUGGGUUGCAUGCUCAGGCCUGAUUCUUUCAGAAGUCAUCUUCUCAAAAUAGCUCGUAAUGAACUCUGCGUAAAACCAAGGGCUUUGUGCGAGAAAAUGAGACAAGGAAUACCGGAAGACCACUUUGACCGAUUUUGGUGCCACCUUACGGUUGAUCAUAUUGAUCUUUUGCACGCGAGACUUAAACCUUCAGCUGAAAAAAUCCUGAACUGUCUGAAACCUGUAGUUCCAUUUGGGGAUUUAACAAGGCGACGACGAAGGGUUUACGAAUUCUUUCAAGAAUUUAUUGAAAAGUUAGGGGAUGAAGAUUUACUGUUACUACUUCAGCUGAUAACCGGACAGAGCUGUGUGCCAAAAAGAACAAUUCAAGUUGAAUUUUCUGAACUAGGUGGGGUUCAAAGAAGACCCGUUUUCCAUACGUGUAGUUACAUGGUCGAGCUGCCAGAUACAUACACAAGCUUUAAAGACUUUGAAAAAGAAAUGAACAACAUUAUGAAUUCAGACAUAUUACAGUUUGACAUGGCAUAAACCUUUUUCUCUGUGAUAUUAUUUUGUUCUACAUGUAUUUGAAUACAUUUAUAUACAUACAUAUAUAGAUAUAUAUAAGUCUAAAUUGAAAACAUCGUUCAAACCUAUGAUUGCGUUGGAUAAAAACCGCAAUUUUUAUACGUGUGCAUGCAAAACAAAUUUCUUAGUAGAGGGGUCUAAAUACAGCACAAACAACAUUUUCCAAUAGACCAAAAAAGUGAAAAAGUAUAUUUAAACAAAACGCAUUUGACUAACAGGUCGAACAACGGAUGUUCUUAAACCCUGCUGACUGCCAUUGGUGAUUGCCAAAUAAACGGAUCACAAGAUGUAACAAAAUGGAUCUUAAUUAUAAUUUAAUGUAUUUUAAUUAUAAUUUAGAUACAUUAAAUUAUAAUUUAGUACCAAACAGAAAACAAUAAACUUCCGGAAUAGAUGGUAUACCGCAAACAUGAGGUGCAAAAAUUUGUACAUAUAUAUAUAUAUAUAGAUCACAAUAAACCAAUAACAAUUACUACAACGAUAUAUUCCUUUGAGAAAGAAGGAAUGUUGAAUACACGUCUGAUGUUUGUGUCGAAUUUUCUGAUAAUGGGGUGAAUUCUUUGCAAGAAAGACGGGACUGUGCAAUGCAGAUUAUGUUGGAAUUUGAAUUUGUAAAAAAAGUAGAUGUGAGAUAUAUACACAUAACAUUUAGACAGAAACCCUUCGAAAUGGUCCUUUCAUCAUAUUUUGAACUUAAUCCCAUUCAAAAUUGUUUUUGAAGUUAAAUUUGUCAAAUUCGCACGUGAUGUAUUAUUCACCAUGUGUAAGGUUUUGUUAUAUUUGUCUGUGUUGUUUCUAUCGUUUGUGAUCGUGUUGUUACUUUGUCCUAGCUGCGGAACCGUAACUCUUAAGGUCCUUAUUAUAUUUUUUUUAUUUUGCGGACCAUAGAUUAUAGGCAAAUUGUGAAAAAUAUCAAAAGGACCUAAGAGCUACUGUUCUGUAGCUAACUUUGUCCUAUAGAAUACCGUUAUUUUUCUUUCAAACAUCAACAUACGGUAGUAUUUGAAAAUUAAAUGUGUUGGUUUAUAAUCUAGUAAAGGACUAAGUCGUGUAACACCUACUAGUCCACCUUAAUAUGAUACUAAAUCGUUGAAUAUGAUUUCUUAUUAACACUACUUACAUUCAUGCUUAUCCUUAUGGAGCACGCGAGUAUAUAAUUUUUGGUUUUGACGUUUAUCAAUCUUUAAAAUUAUGUGUAGUGUUUUGUGACUUUCUUUGUUUUUUACUAUAAUGAAUUGUAUAUAGACAAGUCUAUUUGAUCUUAUAAAUUGUAAUAAGAUAUACUUGUUACGUUACACUGUUGAAUUUUGAAAAUAGAAUUAUUUUUUUAUA